GAAAGAAAUAAAGCUUUUACAUUAUAGCUCUCAGUAACGCCAAUUUGACUUGGCCCAAAAAGACAAUCAUUUUCUAGGUAGCGCCAUUUAUUUUUUUCAGAACAGACUGUAUUGUGUUUAUGCAACCCUUUUCCUCUUUAUGUCACGCAUACAAAACUAUUUGAGUUCCGAGUUUCUUGCUUCAGGGCUCAGUCUCGAGUUCAAUGAGUUUGUUACCAAGAUCACUGGAGCAAAAAGCAAAACAGAAGAGUCAAGUCAUGUUCAUCAAGAACUUGAAAAGCUUGUAUCCAAAAUGGGUCUACCAGACUUAUCUUCAUCAAAAAUGAAAGAAUAUCUUAUUCGACUUGUUCAUUGUUUUAUGCUUGGAUACAAGGUGGAUUUUGGUAUGAUUUAUGCCAUCAUGGCUUCACAAAGUGGAGAAACAGUCAUGGAUCGACGUGUUGGGUAUUUGGCAUGUACUUUAUUUUUGGAAGAAGAGCAUGAACUAAGUAUUAUGCUCAUCAAUACACUCCAAAGAGACUUGAAGAGUCAACACUACCUAGAUCGAUGUGCUGCAUUAAAUGCCAUAUGUUAUAUUGAACAUAGUGAAAUGUUGGAUAAUGUACUUGAUUUAGUAAUUCAGUGUAUGGAAUUUCCCAAACAAAUGGUACGCAAAAAAGCUGUGUCUGCACUUUAUUUCUUGUAUAAAAGAACAGAUCUGGAGUUUGAACGCAUUGAGUCAGUAUUAAGAAAUGCUUUAGAAGACAAAGACACUAGUGUAGUAUUUUCAGCCCUGUCUGUAUGGAGAAUAGUUUUAGCCGAAGAUGUGUUUAGGUUUAAAGAUAUGGUUCCAGUAUUUUACAGAAUCCAUAGACAAAUUAUUGAAAGAAGAAUUCAUGCAUCCUUUGCAUAUCACGGUGUAUUAGCUCCAUGGGCUCAAUUGGAGUGUUUGUCUAUCUACAGACUAUACCAAGAGUCCAACAUAGGAUCCCCUCAAGAGCUUUAUAGUAUAGUUCAUGAUUGCCUUCAUAGCAUGGAAAAGAAAGUGGAUGCUGCAUUUGCCAUUGUGUUGGAAUGCAUCAAGUUGUUAUCCGCCAUGGAUCCCAUUCUUUUAGCCAGUAUAUCUUCUCUACCAGACAAUGAGAAAUACCCAUUUCAACAGAUACUCCAACCUUAUUUGGACGCCAGUAACCAUAAUCUCAAAUACCUUGGUAUUCUUGCUAUGUCGUACGUGGAUCAGAGUGUAUGGGACACAAAUUGGCUUGAUGGGUCACUUUUAUCCCAUGUCAUACGUGCUUGCUUUGACGACAAUACAGUUAUUAUACAAGCCAUAGAGAACCUAGACAAGAUCAUGAGCAAGGAUGUAUUAAGGGAAGCAAGCCCAGCAUUGAUAGAGGCAUUAAAUAGGAAUUAUGAUAUUAAACUAUGCAAUACUACGAUAGCCUACUGGUUACUAAAUCGAAUGACAGAGUACAAAACGGAGCCUAUGAAUGUUUGGUCUGUACAGACAGUGAUGUCUAUUCUCGCUGAAACAAGAAAAAACUUGAGUGACAAUUAUGUACAGACACAAUGUGACAUGUUAAAACAAGCUCUGAUUCAAGAAACCAAUGAGAAUACUUUAAGAGAAGCCUCGGUCCACACUGCCUAUCAGUUGCUAAAAAGAACCAAUAGUGAUAUACUGUCUCCCUUGCUGGUCCAAUUUGCAUUUUGGACGAUAGGUCAACAUGGCUAUUUAAGUACAGAAUACACUGAUUUAGAUUUAAUGGGUCAAUUACAGAAAUGGGUCUUGUUAGUACAAGGUCAAUCAUCAUCUAUAUUAAUUAUACAAAGACAAUUGACAUGCUAUUCUAGAUGACUAUCUACAGACAUCUGGUCUACAAGCCAUUGAGAAAUGUAUACAGCGAAACAAGGCAUGGCUCUCUAGCCUUGAAGGCAUCUUGAAAGAAUUCAAAAAAUCAACUGUACCUGAGAAACAACAAAUUGCUCAAGAUAUUUUGAUGUUGAUUCAACAAGAAUCCUUUCACAAAGAACAAGACAUGAAUUCUGUAUUGAAUCUAUCUGUAUUAGAGUUGUCUGAGAAUCCUAAUCGACCAAUGGGAAUCGGAAAAUAUUACGAAGAGAACAAUAGUCCUAAACAAAA